UAUGUGGGAUUUUAGGAUUCUCUACUAGAAAAUUGGUUCAAAAUCUUGCGCUGCAAAAAAGUGUAGGAACAAACAUUUACAUUAAUAUGAAGAUAAAUAUUGCUUAUCCAUUUUGUGUGGCCCAAAAGAGUGCAACAAACAAACUAGUCUCAAACAUUAGCCAAUCUUUUUCAUUUGUUGGGAUUUGGGAAGGUGAUGUGUCCUGAAUUCUUCUUUGAAUGGGCACUGUGAUGCAUUGCUAUGCAGGCUCAUCAUACAGACCCCAACUCCAACUGAGCCUGAGAUUUCCCAGUUUUGGCAUCAUAUGUUCAUCUGAGGUUAGUGUAUCAAGGCAACAAGUUUUGAAGCAAGUGGAUAAGGAGUUGGAUAAGGGAGAUGAGAGAGCAGCGCUCUCACUUGUUAAAGAUGUGCAAGGCAAGCCUGGUGGCCUCAGGUGCUUUGGUGCUGCUAGGCAGUUACCCCAAAGGCUCUACAGCUUGGAUGAGCUAAAGCUGAAUGGGAUAGAAGCGUCGUCUCUUCUGUCCCCAGUAGAUACUACUCUGGGUUCCAUAGAAAGAAACCUUCAGCUUGCUGCUGUGCUAGGAGGUGUUUCUGCAUGGAAUGUGUUUGGGUUUAGUGCACAACAGAUUUUCUAUAUUUCUUUAGGAUUGUUGUUUCUGUGGACUCUCGACGCGGUAUCUUUCAAUGGAGGAGUUAGUAGCUUGGUUAUUGAUACAAUUGGUCACACCUUUAGUCAGAAGUACCACAACAGGGUCAUUCAACAUGAAGCUGGCCAUUUCUUAAUUGCAUACUUGGUUGGCGUCCUUCCUAAGGGAUAUACACUAUCCAGUUUGGAAGCUUUGAAGAAGGAAGGAUCUCUCAAUGUUCAAGCAGGGACUGCUUUUGUGGAUUUUGAAUUUGUUGAAGAGGUCAAUGCAGGGAAAUUAUCAGCUACCACGCUGAACAGAUUUGCAUGCGUAGCGCUAGCCGGCGUUGCUGCUGAGUAUAUUUUAUACGGCUAUGCUGAGGGUGGUCUUGCAGAUAUUAACCAGCUGGAUUCAUUGUACAGAAGCUUAGGCUUCACACAGAAGAAAACAGAUUCUCAAGUCAGAUGGUCUGUCUUAAACACUGUCCUAAUCUUGCGCCGUCACGAAGUAGUGCGAGCUAAGCUUGCAGAGGCCAUGUCAGAAGGAAAAUCUGUAGGAUCUUGCAUUGAUGUCAUAGAGGACACCAUUGGCAAUGCAGACAUCUAAGCUAAUGGUUCUGAAAAACUCAUCAAGCUUUGAUGACAUUUUUCUUUUUCUUUCAUUUAUCUGGGAUGUAAAGUAUAACAGAUUUGAAUUUCUAUAUCUGUAAGGAAUUUGCAAUGGAGUAUGGAGAUGAUAGUCAAUUUAGAUGAA